CAGGCAGCUGUACAUUAUAGCACCAAUACGAACAUACAUAAUAAUAGCAUUAUAGCACUACAUCUGAAACAAUAACUGCUAAUAAAAUACAGCUCUAACGGCGGCGUAACAAGUGUUUCUUUCAACCGGUGCGCAAAACUCAAGCUGGUUCAGAAAGAGGAAGCGAUUUACAGUUUGUAGUAAACGGCGCUAACUUUGAACCCGUUCGACGGCUCUCUUUGUGCGGCGAUCAUGGCGUACUCUAAGGUGGCGCUGAUACCGGCGCUCGUUCUUGUUUUGUCCGGAAUAGAACGUCUGGCCCAUGCCCAUUUCGGCCCUGAACCGGAUGUGUCGCAGCUCCUUGACCAGCACGCUUUUCGGCUGCUGUCAAAACGAUCCGUGAUGGAUUGUCUGGACAAUACCGAAUCGCGGCAUCUCCAGAAGCGCGCCGUUGAACGCCGGCAGGAUUUAUUUGAAUCGCUGCGUGAGGAACAUGUUCGUUCGGCACGGGAUACCGCCAAAGUGCUGGCCACCAACCAUCGAUUAAACGAGAACAGUAAUCCCUUCGGCGGUAAGGUAUCCUGUUCCAUGACCCCGAUUAUCGAAGUGGGACCAUACUGGGUCGACGGCGAGCUUAUCCGGAAGGAUAUCCGGGAAACCCAGAAGGGUGUCACGGUGUACCUCGACAUACAAGUCAUCGACACGAAGACAUGCAAGCCAUUGCCCAACGUGUUUGUUGAUAUUUGGCACGCCAACGCUACCGGCGUUUAUGGCGGGGUUGUAGCAAAAGACAAUGGGAAUGCUGCCGACCUUAAAAACAUAAACACAACGUUCCUGCGUGGACUGCAGCCCACCAACAACGAAGGUAUUACCCAGUUCAUCACCAUCGUUCCAGGUCAUUAUCCCGGCCGCACCAACCACAUCCACACGAUCGUCCACCUCAACGGCACCGUUCUACCUAAUAACACAUACGCCGGCGGAAGGAUCCCGCACAUCGGGAACAUCCUCUUCGACCAAGCCCUCCUCACCACCGUGCACGCCACGAAGGCGUACCAACAGAACAACGUCCCCAUCACCCUUAAUUCACAGGAUCUGACGUUCGCCGCUGAAUCGGCCAGUGCCAGUGACCCCGUGAUGAAUUACGCUCUGCUGGGCAGUACCGUCGAGGACGGGUUACUAGGAUGGGUAACGCUGGGCGUGGAUUCCACCGCCGACCAGGGAGCUUUAGCCAGUGCGCGGAAUAUCUGGACGGCGCAGGGCAGUCUGGAUAACCCCAAUUUUACUGGUGGACUACCGGAUUGGGCUAAAGAUCUGGUUUCACCGCCUUCCGUAAUGAAACCCGGUGCUUCAACGAAAUCGGCUUCCACAGCGAAGCCAACUUCCGGAACGAAACCUUUUUCCGGACUGAAACCUCCAGCCAAUAUUAAUGUCUUGCUACAAAAUAACGGUGAUAAACCACCCAAACCAAUCACCAAAUUUUAAAUUUGUUGUAUUUUUUGUGUUUUUUGGAGCUGUUAGAAGCGCUACCGAUCCCGCUACAAUAUCAUUUGCGGCAAAAAUUUAUUAUAACCCAUGUACGUUCUUUUAAGUACGAAACAGAUUUGGGGCAUGAAAAUUUAUGUCGUUUGUUGAACACAUUUUAAAACUGGAAUGUUUG